AUGAAGACCUUCGUUUUGCUCGCCCUCGUGGCGGCAUGCUCCGCCGCCGUCUUCAAGGUGCCAGCCACCCAAUCCGGAUCGCUCCGCGCCAAGCUCAUCUCCGAGGGAACCUACCCACAAUUCCUCGCCACCCAACACGCCGCCCGUAUCGAGCAAUUGAACUCCGGCUCCCAACCAUUCCUCGACUACUUUGACGACUUCUACCUCGGAAACAUCACCCUCGGAACCCCACCACAACCAGCCACCAUCGUUUUGGACACUGGAUCCUCCAACUUGUGGGUUAUUGAUGCUGCAUGCAACUCCCAAGCUUGCAACGGAUACCCAGACUCUGGAUACAAGAAGCAGAAGUUCGACACCACCAAGUCGUCGACCUUCACCAAGGAGACCCGCAAGUUCUCGAUCCAAUACGGAUCCGGAUCCUGCAACGGAUACCUCGGAACCGACACCAUCACCUUCGGAGGACUCACCAUCAAGUCCCAAGAGUUCGGAGUUGCCACCCACUUGGCUGAGGUCUUCGGAUACCAACCAGUCGACGGAAUCCUCGGAUUGGGAUGGCCAGCACUCGCUGUUGACAAGGUUGUGCCACCAAUGCAAAACGUUCUUCCACAACUUGAUGCUCCACUCUUCACCGUUUGGCUCGAUCGCAAGCUCACCAUCUCCCAAGGAGGAUCCGGUGGACUUAUCACCUAUGGAGCUGUUGAUACCACCAACUGCGACUCUCAAAUCACCUAUGUUCCAUUGACCGCUAAGACAUACUGGCAAUUCGCUCUUGAUGGAUUCUCCGUCGGAACUUUCUCCGAGAACAAGAAGGAUCAAGUCAUCUCCGACACCGGAACCUCCUGGCUCGGAGCCCCAAACACCGUCGUGUCCGGAAUCGUCAAGGCCACCAAGGCCACCUUCGACUGGACCAACGAGCUCUACACCGUUGACUGCUCGACCAUGCAAACCCAACCAGACCUCGUCUUCACCAUCGGAGGAACCAAAUACAACGUCAAGUCUGUCGAGUACAUCUUGGACCUUCAACUCGGAGGUGGAAAGUGCGCUUUGGCCGUCUUCUCCAUGGGAAAUGGUGGCUUCGGACCAUCCUGGAUCCUUGGAGACACCUUCAUCCGCCAAUACUGUAACAUCUACGAUAUUGGAAACGCCAGAAUCGGAUUCGCCAACGCUCACCACAGCUUCUAA